UCCAAGCAAGACGCUGCCUCCCUCAUUGUGGACUUUUUGAACUCGUCGCUGAAAAAUGGCGAUAUCCCAGAAGAUAACAAGGACUCGGUGGAAUUUGCCGUUGAGAGCAUCACCGAUGUUUUCGGGGUUGACGCAGCCAAGGUUGGCGAUGUGAAGGCAAAGUAUGGCAGCAAGUCUUUAGUGCAGCUGUUAGAUGCUGCUGCUGCUGCUGCACCAGAGAAGAAGGCAUCUGCGCCUGUGCCUGCAGCUGCAUCUGCGGCUUCGAGCGAUGCUGUCCCUGUGCACAUCGACGAAUCAGACGAACAGACCAAGGAGAAGGCAGAAGCGCUGAAGUUGGAAGGUAACAGAGCGAUGGCGUCGAAGGACUAUGAGACUGCCGUUGCCAAAUACACUGCUGCAAUUGAGUUGAUCCCAACCAACGCCGUGUACUUGUCCAACAGAGCAGCCGCUUUCUCGUCCAAGCGUGACCACGACUCGGCCCUCAAGGACGCAGAAAAGGCCACCGAGAUUGAGCCAACCUACGCAAAGGGAUGGUCGAGACUCGGUCUUGCCAAAUACGCCCUUGGUGAUGCCGAGGGUUCUUUGAAGGCUUACGAAAAGGGCUUGCAGGUCGAAGGAGACGCUCCAUCCGAUGCCAUGAAGAGAGGCUACGAGACCGCCAAGAAGAAGGUUGGCGACAACUUAAUGAACUCCCUGAACAAGGCAAUGAGAUCUGACGGUUCCGCAGGUUCAGCAGGCUCGGGUCUGCCUGACUUCUCAUCCUUUGCAAGCAUGCUUGGAGGAGGAGCCGGCGGUGACAGCGGUAUGGGUGGCUUGGCAGGUCUGAUGAACAACCCGCAGAUCAUGCAAGCAGCCUCUCAAAUGAUGCAAGAUCCUAACGCAUUGAACAACCUCAUGUCUAACCCUCAAGUCAGACAGAUGGCUAACUCCAUGGGCAUCAACUCUGACAACCUGGAAGGUAUUGCCAACAACCCAAUGUUGCAGAACAUGGCCAGAAAUUUUAUGGGCGGUAACGGUGGAAACAACGGCAACCCAACAGGUAACUAAAAACGACUCAUUUUCCCCCUCUUCACUUUUGUAUAGUUAAUUGGAUAAACUAAUAAUUUUUACUUUUCGUUGUUACAACUUAGUGUAUGCGGCCACUGCAUUUGCUGCAUGCAUAAGUUAAUCUAGUCAACUUUUUUGCUAUAAAUAUGCUAUGUUUUUAUCUAUUUUCUUGCUUUAUUUUUAUAUUCCCAUAAACCCAAUUCCCAGGACU